AUGCCCCUGAUACAAAUAAUGCAAGAAGCCCCCCUUUUCGAAUCAGAAUGCGUUCUCCACGACGAAGUCACAGCAAUAAACUUGGCUGACUUCAAAGGUAAAUACGUCGUACUUCUGUUCUAUGUUCUUGAUUUUUCGCCGAAAUGCACCGAGGAACUUGCACUAUUCAACGACAGAAUUAAAAAAUUCCAAGAAUUGAAAACGGAACUGCUGGCAAUUUCCACCGACUCGGCUUACACGCAUUUAGCUUGGACCAAAGGACCGAGAACUAAUAUUGAAAUCGGCGCCAUUGAUAUUAAAUUAGUGACAGAUUUUUCGAAUGAAAUUUGUUACGAUUAUGGUACCUUGUGUGAGAACAGUGGUACCGCUCAUCGUGCGUUGUUCAUCCUCGACCGUGAUUUGAUUGUUAGGUACAUUUUAUUUAAUGACAGAAACGUUAAAAGGAAUGUAGAGGAGGUGAUAAGAAUUUUAGAAGUCUUGCAAAAACAUGACAAUGAAUAA